UUUUAAAUCUAAUAUUAGCAGUAUUGUGAUUAUAUUGUAUACAUACAAGUAAACAUAGUAUUAGGGUAUUUGAAUUCACGAGUUUGAAAAAGGUUUAAAAUAACUGAAGUCAUGUUUUCAAGCAAAAUCACACCUAUUUUGUUAAACAAAUCUAACAAUUGGUAGAGUGGACUAAUGAUCUUUUUAUUGAUACAAUCAGUGAUAACUUAAUUGGGUCUUUUUUGUUAAAGAUUAUUUCAAUAAACUUCUGAUUACAGUAGCAUGUUAAUUAAAAUAAAACUGCACUGUAAAUUAUACUCAAACCAAUAUCAAUAAUGAAGCAUCAGAUGAAAAUUGAUAAAUUUUACCCAUUCAAAGCAUCUAAAUCAUUGAAAUUUGAGAAAAAUGAUUACUAUGGUAAUAGCAAUAUAAAGAUUGAAAUGGAAACUCCAAAGAAGAGGUCUAAUACAAGUCUUCAAAUACCUUCUCCUUCUAAGACACCAAAAUUAGAAGAACCAGAUAUAAUUACUUUAAGCAGUGAUGAAGAAGAAAGUCCAUUAUCAGAUACUACUGUUGCUUAUACUCCAGAAGCACAAUCACCUAUAACGCCUAGCUCUUCAGAAGGCUUUUUAAACACAAGAACAUUUAAUAUUAAAAAGGACCCUUACCAAGAUACCACUCAAUACACAGGACACAUUGAAAGUAUAGAUGACCAAGCUAAAUCACCCACAAGUACUUCUCGAAAAACUAAAAAGUAUUUCUCACCAAAUAAAAAACGAAUUAUUACUAUUAGAUCACCUGGAAAAGCACGGAAAAAUUUAAACAAAAUAAUUUCUGAAACUGAUGAUAAUGAUCUAAUAGAAGCUUGUAGUGGUUAUGAUGAUAAAACAAUAUUUGUCAUUAAAAUAAUCCACCAAUGUUUGAACAACCAAAAUUUAAGGUCAUUAUUGGAUGAAAAAUCGCAAAAGUUGCUUCAAAACUGUAUGAGUGUUCUUAAGCCAGGAUUACAUUUAGUAUGUAAACUUUAUUGGAGAAAAGAGGCUUGGUAUAGGCCAGAGAAAAUUGAGGAUGUUUUUAACAAAGGCAACUACUCAUGUAAUUUGAAACAAAUAUUGGACAAUUUAAUCCAAAAUGGAUUACUUCAGACAAAUGAAGCUAAUCUUACAGGUGCAAAUGCAUUGAAUUUAAAUUUUUACAUUGAUACAUUAAAAGUGAAUGAAGUAAAAGCAAUAUGUAAGGAAUUCAAUAUAAAAUUUAAAAACAAGGAAGCGGCCAAAGUGUCAUUGGAAAAAUUUUGUAAUCAAAAAAGUAUUGGUCAUUAUUUUGCCACAACAUCACAACCUAAUAAUCAAAGAGUUUUGGAAUCACUUCGCUUAAAGUGUGGUCAAUGCUUCAAACUAACAGAACAUACUCGCAGAACACUUGACGAAUUAUAUAUUUUAAUGUAUUUGGGGAUCGACUGGAGUAUUUUAAGAGAAAAGAAUGUAGAACUGAUGCUCUUUAACAUUAAAAGCAAAAGUGAAACAUAUCCCGCUCAAGACAUAAACUUGAUUGAUAAUGCUAGUAUUGUUUUUAAGAAUAGGCGUGAGUUCCAAAGCUAUAUCAAAGCAAGCGAAAUUUAUGAGGAAUUUCUGAAUACAAGUGAUACUUUAAUUCGCCGUAGUAUUAUUGAAAAGGUGUAUAAACAAUAUUUGGAAAUAAGGACUGAAGAAAUGACAAGUUACAUGUCCUUACCAGUGUGGCUUCGUAAAUUCACACCUCCAUACCUCUAUAUAAAAAUUCUAGAAAAUGGGUUGCCCGAUUUAAAAAAGCCGCUAGAAAAAGAAAAAUACUGCCACUUAGCACUGGAAAUAUUGAGAGUGAUGGUAUCACAGGAUGCUUUUAGAUCGCAGAAGAAACCGAAGUGGUACGCUGAGAUGGCAUUGAUUUAUGAUAAAUGUCUAAAUAAUGCUGACAAGUCAGCAGAGAUUGUAUUGGAGGGCUUCAGUAAGUUAGAUGUACGGGAUUAUGAAAAGGAUUGUUUACGUGUACGUGCACGUAUGCUAACGAACAGAGUAACGAACAAGCCCGUCGAUAAUCUGGUCAUCGCGUUAACGGGGCACGCACUUCAGGAACCCGUGGAGAAGGAUAUUAAAGCGACACAUAUAAAUAAACAAGCUAUGGAAACUUUUGAUAAAGGAAAGAAAAAGUUUCAUUGCCGUCUGCCUGAUAGCACUAUAGUAAUGGAAGCAGAGGAAUACUGCAGAAGAUAUUAUAUUGAACAAGGGGAAUAUACGCAUGGUGAACACUGGGAAGGAUCUAUAAUAACUACCAUAUUCACAUUGCUAUUUUGGGACAUAAUAUAUGCGGAAUUGCGUGGGGUAAGGGGUAUUUUCAUCACGCCCUACCAAAAGUAUCCAUUGGAUUUGUUCACCGAAAGCUUUUAUUGGAACCGACAAUGUUUGAUUGAAGACAGGCUCAAUAAUAUGGAGAAAUUAAGUGUUGAGGAUCUGAUUACUUCUAUGAAGAAAGUCUGGGAUACGAGGCCUGAAUGUGAACUUUCCGAUAUACAGCGUAAAAAAAUGAAUUGGGACAAAAUAGAGGCUGUUUGCAGUUGUCUGGGAAAUAGGUCUUUGGCAAUCAUUUGUCGGAGGCUUGCCUUGGACUAUAGAUACAAUCACAGCGGAUUCCCAGAUCUCACCAUGUGGAAUCCGCUCACUAAGCAGAUAACCUUUGUGGAAGUCAAGACAGAUUCGGACAAACCGUCAAUAAAGCAAAUUCAAUGGAUGAGAUAUCUUCAAUGUAACAAUAUUAAUACGGAAUUUUGUUAUAUCGGUACGAACACCACGAAAUCUAAAGCGCGAAAUGUGAAUAAUUGAUUUUAAUGCCUUAAUUUGUUUUAAUUAUCUUGAAUUAUGUUUUUUUGACUC